AUGCGCUCCCAACUUCUGAGUGAAACAGGAAUGGAUGUCUCUACCCGCACUGUGGAGCGAUAUCUGAGGGUGCUUGGCUUGAAACAACGGCAAAAUGACUUAGCUGAUGGAAAGAUCACCAGGGAAGGGGUUGUCGAGCACAUCAGGCAUGCCCGUGAUGCACUUCUGGCAAACUCAGCUGGCUACCGAAGGAUGCGGCAGAUUCUGGUGACCAACUAUGGUCUCCAUGUACCUAGACAGGUGGUAUAUGACAUUCUCAAAGAGCUGGAUCCUGAAGGAAUGGAAAUGCGCCUUAAAAAGACAUGCAAAAGAAGAGUCUUCCGGACCAUUGGUCCCAAUCACAUCUGGGCUGCGGAUGGGCACGACAAAUUAAAGCGUUUUGGAAUCACGGUUUAUGGAUUUAUCGAUGCAUGGUCCAGAAAAGUUUUAGGAAUCUUUGUUCAUGUGACCAAUAAUGAUCCAAGGCAUAUAGGAGUAUACUUUCUCCGAUUGGCCAGGGAUCAUGGGGGAAUACCACAAAAAGUGACUACAGACAAGGGGACAGAAACCGUAAUCUUGGGUGCUUUCCAAGUCCAACUGUCCUACGAAUUCAUUCCAAAUAUAUCCCUUGAAGAGGCCAAGAAACACAUGCAUUAUACCAAGUCCACCCACAAUCAGAAAAUUGAAUCAUUAUGGUCAAGAAUGAUGACAGAGCACAACAGGCCAGUGAUUGAUAACAUUUUGCAGCACAUGGAAAAUGGGAGUUAUGAUGACAGUGAUGCAUUACAAAAGUAA